AUGAAUGUACUGAAGGGUUGCGAGGUUUACAGCACGUAUGUUAGUAGAUUCAUGUUGAUAGCAAUGAGAGGACGUCAACGGUGCGGGAGAAUCGUCACUAUAGACGACGCCUUGUUCUCCUAUUGUAUGAUCCCGGAUUUCCUACGCAUAACGCAAGAGGCAGAGGUAACCGUCGGAGUUCGGCUGGGCUUCGUAAAAGCAAUGAUUGCAUUCUUCAAGUUUCUGCGAAGGCACGUCGAUCCAAUGAGACAUUACUUGAAGAAUCCGAAACAAGAAGAACGGUCAGCUGCAUCGUUCAAAGGGGUAAUUCCUGCAAGGAAACCAGUGAAGGGCUACGUGGUGUAUGCUGCGAUGCGGGCGGUUGUUGACCACAGUGUCAUCGACAGUAUAAUCGAAGACAUAAUGAAGAAAUUUUCCAGGAAUGCAAAAGCUCUGCUUCACGCAGAGUAUAAUUUCGUAAUGAGCGCUCUGAUAGCCUACAUAAUGGUUUGCAACGCCACAAGAAAUGAGGUCGCCUACAAAACCAUUUGUGGCAGUGUUGUGGAGGUGAAUACACAAUCGAUGGGUCUAAUCAAGCAUACACAAGAGACCAAGGACUACUGGGUUGCACGCUUUCCGAACCCUAAACAGCGUACAAUGUCGCGCGAACUGACGACAUGCAAAAGUGGUCUUUUCGUGCUCGACAAGAAGUCGCAUCGGUGGUUGCAGUACUACAGAAAACUUCGUGCU